GGGGUGGCUUGAAAAACCUCGUUAUGACUGCCAUAAAGACGUCAGUUAUUUCGGAUUUUCAUCUCACAUUUCAUUGUGAGAGAUCGUUUGUUGCCUCGCCUCUGUGGAUGACGCGGGAUCACAAUUCAGCACCUGGACAGCUCCUGGUUAACCUAUUACUGGGCACAUGGAGUCCCUAGCGUGAUUGUAGGGAAACCCUGUGAGCAGGCGAGAUUUGGGCACUAAAAUGCCCUCCUUCCAAAAGAUGACGUUUAACUGAAUAUGUGGAUAGUGGUGGACAUUUAAAAGCAUCUCCGUGAAUGAUGAUGCUUACAAUAAGGAUCGGGCUUUUUCGUUGUGCCCUGUAUUCUAAGCAGCAGCACGGGUCGUUAGCCAAUCCAAAUCUGAAGAGGAUAGCAGCAGCCUACACACAGCAACCGAGCCUCGCUCACACUGAUCAUCGGCAAGGGAGACAUUGCCAUCAUCAUUAGGAGGGCAUGAGUCACGACCAUACUUUCAACAAUGUAGAGCAUAAAAGGGGAAACCGUUUGAAAAUCAAGUAAUUAUUGUCUGUAUGGAGGAAUGCAACAGCUAUGUUGGAGACAACAUUGAUAUAUGGCAACAGUUCAUCUACAGCCUGCUAGAGGGAUCUCUUAUCUUGAUGAUGAGUAUACAGCAGUGUGUGGUGUGAGCCAAGUCUCUAUUCUCUGGUUAAAUCAAGAGUAACAAUCGUGUCGACGUCCAUUCACAGAAACAACACAGCAACAUGAGCAACCCCCAGGCCCCUCCCCAGGCCCAGGCCAGAGCCUCAGAGCUGGAGGUGAUCUCCCAGCAGGUGGAGGAGGACAACCAGUGUCACGCUCCAGUCCAGGUGGUCAGCUUUGCAUACAGAGACCUGCCUCUGGCCGCGCUGGACAUCUCCCUGGCCGGAUCCCAGCUCAUCUCCAACCUGGACGAAGAGGACAACAGAGAGGGGUCUAACUGGCUGAAGCCAUGCUGUGGGCGGAGGGCAGCCCUAUGGCAGGUAUGUCUGCUGAGCGCAGGCUUCAACUGUUUCCUGGUGGCUUGUGUCAUCCUGGUGGUCGUGCUGCUGUGUCUGGAGCUGCUCAUCGACACCAAGCUUCUGCAAUUUAACAACGCGUUCCAGUUUGCCAGCAUCAUCCACUGGAUCAGCCUGGCCAUUCUAUCUGUGUUCUUCACUGAGACGGUGUUCAGAAUUGUGGUGCUGGGGAUCUGGGAUUACAUCGAGAACAAAGUGGAGGUGUUUGACGGUGCAGUCAUAGUCCUGUCCCUGGCCCCCAUGGUGGCCUCAACGGUGGCCAACGGCCCCAGCAGCCCCUGGGACGCCAUCGGCCUCAUCAUCACCCUACGCAUCUGGAGGGUCAAGAGGAUCAUCGAUGCCUACGUGCUACAGGUGAAGGUGGAGAUGGAGAUGGAGAUGGAGAACCAGCAGUAUGAGAAGGCCAAAGCUGUCAGGGAGGAGCAGCUGGAGAGACUCACCCAGAUCUGCCAGGAGCAGGCAUUUGAGAUCAGGCAGCUGCGGGCCCACCUGGCUCAGCAGGACUUGGACCUGGUAGCAGAGCGGGAGGCUGCCAUGCAGAUCCACCAUGUGUGGGGCAAGCAGAGCAGCAGCUUCCAGGAGGUGGACGGCCUGGCCCCUGGGGGCCCCGAUCAGCGAGGCCAGGCUAAAGCCAGGGAGGCAGCGGCCUCUAGAGAUCAUGUUGUUCAAGAUGACAUGAACAACUACAUCAGCCAGUACUACAGUGAGGCAAGCAGUGAUGUUGGGAUCCCAGACCCAGCUCGUGUCAUUACCACUGCAGCCAUAGAUGUGCACCUGCCCAAUAACCCCAGCCAGCUGCCCUCGUCUCUGGUGAGUGCAGAUGCAGCGUCCAGCUGCCUGCAGCGGACGGGUAGCUCUGUGAGCGAGGCCUCCAACACCACCGUGUCCCGCUCUCGCUCCAGCUUCAGCGGCCACCAGCACAGUAUAAGUAGCCACACCCUGGGCUCCACCACCGACUGCAGCUCCACCGUCCGCGAGGCCUCCACCUCCACAGACUCCUACAGCGGCCAGCGCUGUUACCCCCCGCCCUACUGCAGCCCCCUGGCCCUGGGCACACAGCCUGCCCCCAGAGGACACCCCAGCGCCGUGGUGCAGGAGUUGCUCUCCUCGCUGUCUGAGGACUCCUGUCUGGGCCAGAAGGGCUUGGACCCUGUCAACCUCAAAUUGCCCAGCCCUGCUGGCUCCACCAAGACCAGCCCUGAGCUGCAGCACAGGCUCAACAUCUACAACAAGAGGAACAAGGAGAGCCACAGAGGCUUCCACACCAAGCCUCUCAUCCACCUGCAGGCCAGGGAGCCUUUCAUGGAGGAGAAGUACAGGCUAUCUCAGGCAGAUGCCACUGUCAGCAGCCUGCCCGAGACAUAGGAAAGGGCUACACGGGGUAUUGUAUCUCUUAGCCAGCACUGACUCACUCCUCAAAGACCCUCCUGAAACUCACUGACGAAAACUAAAGACAUGAACUCAGAGGCAUCCUCCACUGGCAUACAGCCAUCUUCUUCAUUGCCAAAAGCACCUUGGGACUGUGAAUGGCAGCUCUGCCAGCACAGCCCAUCGUCCAUUGAGGACAGGGAAACAUGCUUUAGUGAGCAGGCACAGAACAUCUAUCAGGAAUUGCCACAAUAAAUGAGUAUAUGGAGUCACCAAAAGAAACCAGCAUUAGGGCAUUAGCCCAGGCUCUGAGGUAGCAGGGCUCAGCAGAAAUGUGACUGGCUCUGAUGCUUUUGAAUGUGAUAUAAUUUAGCGAUGGGGCUGGGUGUGUGUGGGUGGAACUGGGUGGUUUGUUUGUCUGAUAUACUUGCUUAGGGAUUGGAGACACUAGACUGAUCACAAAACAACUACUAAUUGGCUAUCAUAUUAUGAUGUCAUGAGCCACACUAAUCAGACAUUUUAUAAACAAACCAUACUGAAAGUCAACCUGGAGUUUCUCGACCUCAACAUUAAGUACAGUCCUCUCUGAUCGGACUAAUGCAGGGUACAUUUGAUCUAUGUUCUAAUGUGUUGAGCUGUGUUCUCAGCUUAUUUCUUACCUUUGUCUUUCUACAUUAUCAAUGCUAAAGUUUGUAUUCAAAUGAUAUGACAAAAUAUUUUUAAGCCAGACAAUUGAGCAAUUGAGGGAUGUUUCAGCUACCAAAUCUCAAGGGGUUUGUAAUUGAAGAUGUUAUGUAAAGUGUUGGUCAGAAGAAAAAGUAUUAUAGCAUGGACCUUUUAAAAAUAUCUGCUUUUAGACAUGGCAAUCUAAUCCGUGCACUUAAAUGUCAACAGCCAUUUUGUAAAUUGAUCAUGAAGGGAAUUCAGUGCAGAGUAAAAGCAAUUAAAAGGAAAACAUGGUAAAAGAACAGUCA